CGACUGAAGGGCGGUCCGUGGCCAAUCGCCCGGAUCCGGAAGCGGCCUGCCGGUCAGGAUGGCGGCGAGCGUCGGGCCGGCGCCCGGCGGGGCAGACCUGGUGCAGCUGAACGUGGGCGGGCGCAGGUUCUGCACCUCCCGCCAGACGCUCGCCUGGGUGCCGGACUCGUUCUUCUCCAGCCUCCUCAGCGGCCGUAUCUCCUCACUACGGGACGAGACCGGCGCCAUCUUCAUUGACCGGGACCCCGACCUCUUCGCCCCCAUCCUCAACUUCCUCCGCUGCAAAGAGCUGGAUCUCAGGGGGAGCGAUGUCUCGCUGCUGCUGCACGAAGCCCAGUUCUACGGGAUCACGCCUCUCAUUCGCCGCCUGCAGUUGCAUGAGGAACUGGAGCGGUCCUCUUGCGGGAGCGUCCUGUUCGAGGGUUACCUGCCCCCCCCUUCUGUGUUUCCUGCCAAGCGGUGGAACCGCCACAGCAUCACGGGGGGACAGUUGGCUGCCCGGCCAGGCAACCCCCUGGUGCGCCGGAGCAACACCAUGCCCCCUAAUCUUGGCAUCGGAGGGCUUCUGGGGAGAGUGGAGGAGAGGAGCACGGCAGCCGGAGCCACAAAUGAUCCAGGGAUGGUUCGUCUUAUCUGUGGCCAUCAUAACUGGGUCGCUCUGGCUUACGUUCACUUCCUUAUUUGCUACAAGAUGAAGGAGACCUCUGGCUGGCAGCUGGCUUUCUGUAGCCCCCGGCUGGAUUGGGUAAUCGAGCGUGUGGCAUUAAAUGCCCGGGUGCUUGGUGGGUCCCUGGGUGAUAGUGACAAAAUGGUGGCUGCUGCCUCCUGCAGCGAAAUCCUUCUAUGGGCCCUUCAGCCUGACGGGAACGGCACUGAGAUUGGUGUGUUCUGUUUAGGGGUCCCCCUAGAAGGUCUCUUCUUUGUUGGCAGCCAGCUUAUUGCGACCAGCCACACGGGCAAGAUUGGUGUCUGGAAUGCAGUCACCAAACACUGGCAGACUCAAGAUGUGGUUCCCAUCAACAGCCAUGAUGCUGCGGGCUCCUUCUUGCUCCUGGGCUGCCACAAUGGCUCCAUCCAUUAUGUUGAUGUUCAGAAGUUCCCUCUGCGCAUGAAGGACAAUGAUCUCCUGGUGACCGAGCUGUACCGUGACCCUGCGGAGGAUGCUGUCACUGCCCUCAGUGUCCACCUCACACCCAAGAACAGCCACAGUGGAAAUUGGAUUGAAAUUGCCUAUGGCACCAGUUCAGGGAUGGUACGAGUGAUUGUCCAGCACCCAGAGACAGUGGGCUCGGGACCCCAGCUCUUCCAAACCUUUGCUGUUCAUCGUAGCCCUGUCACCAAGGUGAUGCUGUCAGAGAAGCACCUUAUCUCAGUCUGUGCUGAUAACCAUGUACGGACGUGGACGGUGACUCGAUUCCGUGGGAUGAUUUCUACACAGCCUGGCUCCACCCCGUUGGCUUCCUUCAAGAUUCUGGCCCUGGACUCAGUGGACGGGCAGGGGGGCUGCAGUGCGGGCACAGACAUUGGGCCAUUUGGUGAGCGUGAUGACCAACAGGUGUUCCUCCAGAAGGUGGUUCCAGAUGCCAGCAAGCUGUACGUGCGCCUCUCCUCUACUGGGAAGAGGAUAUGCCAGGUGUGCUCAGUUGAUGGCUCAUCCAUCACGGCCUUCCUGGUCCAGGAGUGUGAGGGCUCCAGCCGCAUUGGCUCCCGUCCGCGCCGCUACCUCUUUACCGGCCACAGCAAUGGCAGCCUCCAGAUGUGGGACCUCACCACCGCGAUGGAGAUGGGGGAUCAAGCCCCAGAUUGUGGUGGUCUCUCAGAACAAGAGCUACUGUCUGAGCUGGGGCAGAGUGACCUGGCCCUUACCCACACCCUGGAAACAAGUCCUACGGGGUCUUUCACUCUCUCCAGUACUUCUGGAAUCAGCCGCCCCCAAAUCCAAGACAUUGAUGGGACCUGUGAAAAGCCAUUGAAAGCCUCUCCAGCCAGGUUGGACUUCCAGCGAGGAGACCGCCACCGACAACAGCUGGUCGGGAACUUCUUGGACCGAUCCACCAAGGACCAGUGGAUCAGCUACUCUAGGGAAGGGCUCUCUGCUAGCCUUCUGAGCCAAAGAUCACCCAGCCCACAUCCUGCCCCCCUGGAACCCACCCUCCCCCUAGCCCCAUCCAGAGUACCACUUAGUGAAACCUCUUUCUGACCUCUGGCCGCUCUUGGGGAGCAAGAGAGUCAGCGGGGACCCCUGUUGCUGCUGCGUCCUGCCUCUUGCAAUUCCCAUGGCCUGGAGCUCAGUGGAGUGGAGCCUGCCACAGAGCUGCCCACCCCGCCUCCUUCAGGGCUCCUUGCCUGGGAACUCUGUCCCAAUCCCUUUCCAAGACUCUCAGGGCCUUAAUCCUCUGGCAGGGUCGUUUUUUUCUCCUCUCUGGUGUGCAAGUGCAGAUUGCAUUAGGUGGUAACACGUGGCCUCUGCGAGGCUGCCCCUUUCCUCCUGUUUGUGAAAAGCCAAAGAUAUUUAUGAGCAAUAAACACCACCCCUCUUCAAUUGC